AUCAUUUUCCUUUUUUCUGCUCCGCAGUGCUGCUGCUGUGUGAGCUGACAAACCGCUGGAAGCUGCAGGAAGCUCCAUUACUUUUUACACUUCUCUCAACUCUUCUUUUUCCUCUUCAUCUUCUUUCUCCCCCUAUCUUCUUCCUCCUUUUCUCUCUCUCUCUCUCCCCGUCUGUGUUCGUCUCCAUGCGGGUCUCUGCCCCGCACCGACGCAAACAAACAGCGGGCCUUCCUGUAGCCGCCGCCCCGGCCUCCCUCGCCCUGCGGCCGGCGGAGCCUCGCAGCUGAGCCCCGCUGAGGUGGCCUGGUUCCCCCGGGGGGCAGAGAUGCUGUAAGAGCAGCCCGGCGGAGGAGAUGCAUGUUCCGGACUGAAUGGAGCAGAAAGCAGCGAAGGAAAGCAGGAAGAUGUCCGGCAGGACGCCUCUGACCCCGGUGAGCGAGAGAGAGUCUGACCAGCCAAAGACUUCAGACGGCCUCCCCGAGCCGCCGGCCCCGCCCACCAAGUCAUCGAGCCGCCACAGUCUGCCGCCGUCUCGCAGCGCCGGGUCGGCGGCUGCGGACGAACAGCCGCACGUCGGCAACUACCGGCUGCUGAAGACGAUCGGCAAGGGCAACUUCGCUAAAGUCAAACUGGCCAAGCACUCGCUGACCGGCCGAGAGGUUGCCAUCAAGAUCAUCGACAAAACUCAGCUGAACCCCACCAGUCUGCAGAAGCUCUUCAGGGAAGUCAGCGUGAUGAAGAUCCUCAACCACCCAAACAUCGUGAAGCUGUUUGAGGUGAUCGAAACGGAGAAAACUCUGUACCUGGUGAUGGAGUACGCCAGCGGGGGUGAAGUCUUUGACUACCUGGUUGCUCACGGACGGAUGAAAGAGAAGGAGGCCAGGGCCAAGUUUCGCCAGAUUGUGUCAGCGGUGGAGUACUGUCACCAGAAGAGGAUUGUACACCGAGACCUCAAGGCAGAGAACCUCCUGCUGGACGCCGACAUGAACAUAAAGAUCGCAGACUUUGGCUUCAGUAACGAGUUCACGCUGGGCAGUAAGCUGGACACCUUCUGUGGAUCUCCUCCGUACGCGGCGCCGGAGCUCUUCCAGGGGAAGAAGUACGACGGGCCCGAGGUGGACGUCUGGAGUCUGGGAGUGAUUCUGUACACGCUGGUCAGCGGCUCGCUGCCCUUCGACGGGCAGAACCUCAAGGAGCUGAGGGAGCGUGUCCUCCGAGGAAAGUACCGGAUCCCCUUCUACAUGUCGACUGACUGUGAGAACCUGCUGAAGAAGCUGCUGGUGCUGAACCCGGGGAAACGAGGCAGCCUGCAGCAAAUCAUGAAGGACCGAUGGAUGAACGUCGGCUACGACGAGAAGGAGCUGAAGACGUACAAUGAACCGGAACAAGACUUCAACGACCUCAAACGCAUUGAGCUGAUGGCGACGAUGGGCUUCCCUCAGGAGGAAGUGAAGAAGGCGCUGGAGGGUCAGAAGUACAACGAGGUGACGGCCAUCUACCUGCUGCUGGGGAGGAAAGCUGCUGAGCAGGGCGGCGAUGGCGGCGGCGAGUCUUUGUCCAGCAGUAACCUGCUCCACAGGUCUCGCCCCAGCAGCGACCUCAACGGCUCCAACCAGUCCCCCGCCCACUCCCGCAGCGCCUCGGCCAAUCAGAAGCAGCGGCGCUUCAGCGACCACGUGGCGCCCUCCAUCCCCCCACCUGUCGCCUACACCAAGCGUGGGCAUGCCAACAGCGUGGAGAGCGACAGGAAGGACGAGUCAGCGUCGCCCAGCGGCGCUCCUGACCGCCGGAGGUCAGCCACCGCCUCAGGGAGCAUAACUCGGAGGAACACGUACGUCAACGAGAGGACGAGCACUGAACGCCAUUCGGCGGCUGUUUCCAACGGGAAGGAUGGCAGUCUCCCCGAGGUACCCGCGGCUUCCCCGUCCUUAUCGCCGGCGGCGACCGUCUCCUCCGCGCGCCCCCGCCAUGUGAAGUCCAUGUCGGCGUCGGGACAUCCCAUGAAGUCCUGCCUGCCCCCCAUCGACGACAACGCAGAGUACCAGAGCGCCCCCCAGCAGCCGCCGUCCUCCCCCUCGGCCUUCAGCGUCACCAGCAGCAGCAGCGGCGCCACGCCGGACCGGACCCGCUUCCCCCGCGGCUCCUCCAGCCGCUCCACCUUCCACGGCGCUCAGCUCCGAGACCGGCGGCCCGCCACCUACAACGGUCCACCGGCCUCGCCCAGCCUGUCCACGCACGCCGCCGCUUCGCUGGCCACGCCCCGCCGCGGCACCUCCACCUCCCUCAUCGGGAAGAUCACCUCCAAGUUUGGACGCAGGAGUUUAUCAGGUGAGCCCAAAGAGGAGGGGCGGGACUCCAAGCCUCGGGCGCUGCGCUUCACCUGGAGCAUGAAGACCACGUCCUCCAUGGAGCCGGGGGACAUGAUGAAGGAGAUCCGGAGAGUCCUGGACGCCAACAACUGUGACUACGAGCAGCGCGAGCGCUACUCUCUGUUCUGCGUGCACGGCGAUGCCCGGCAGGACAGCCUGGUCCAAUGGGAGAUGGAGGUGUGCAAGCUGCCCCGCCUCUCGCUCAACGGCGUGCGCUUUAAACGGAUCUCCGGCACGUCCAUCGCCUUCAAAAACAUUGCCUCCAAAGUGGCCAACGAGCUCCGGCUGUGACGGAGGAUACCUCGCUAACUGCUGUAGGACUCGGAGGAAACCCACCUUAUUAUACUCAACACUUAACUAUUUAAUGUUCUCACUAAAUGUUUGCCAGUGAAACCAAAUAUUAGAGCUGAUGGUGCGGAUGUUCAGUAGGUUGGUUCAACCCCUCGGAGCUGUCCCUUCCUGCCGCAGCGAGACAUUAACGUUGGUUCAUCACUGUUUACAUGCACUUCAGAUUUUAACAAAUCCUCGGAAACGUCACGUAGAGAGAAAUGAUCUGUUGUCUUUAAAGGAGACCUAUUAUGCUUUUCUGUAUUUCCUGUCAGAUCUAUAAUGUCGGAUUUUCAAGUUAAAGCCCAGUUCAGACCGGCCCGUCUCAGCUCGACUCAAACAGCUGAUGU